AUGUUCCAGGUGAAGGUAAUGUUGAUUCCUCUGUUUCCACUGCAUCAUCUGGUGGUGAUAACAAUGCUGGUUCCACUUCAGGUCCACAACCAACUGCUGAUUCUCCUUCUGGUACAGGAUCUCCAAGUGACAUCGCUUCUGAACAGGUUCCACAAACCGAUGGCUUACCAAACACUGCCGCUUCUACUGUUCAACCAUCUGGUUCUGGAUCCGGUGCUGGUUCUAAUGUUGACACAUCCCAUUCUGAGGAUGCUGUUGCUUCGAUUGCUACAGAUGGUAACGACCACCCAGAUACUACUACUACUACUGCUACUAAUACUAAUACUGCUGAGGAAUCUGCAUCCAGCCCUGGUGUUGAAGGAGCUCCAACCACAAGUGAUUCUACUACUGAAGGAACCGUGGGCACCAGUCGAGUCACACCAUCUACUUUGGUUACUAGUACUGAAAGUAGUUUUGUUACCCCACAAGGUUCUACAUCCGUUCCACAAGCAUCGGCAUCUGGGUACAACUCGGUUACUGUCUCUACCUAUGAAGGCUCUUCAUCGUUCGCUCAAGUUUCUUCAUGGAUGGUCGCUAUUUUCACAGUAUUAUCCAUCAUGUUUUAAAAUUGAAUCAUUCUCUUUUAUUUAUUAG